AUGGGGGGUCCCUGUUCGGGUACCAAUUUCGGAGGCGUGGAUGCGCAGCAGGGCGCCUGGCCGUGGAUGGUCAGCAUCCAGGUCCCCACGGCCAAUGGCUCUUUGCACAUCUGCGGGGGGUCCCUCAUCACCCCCCACUGGGUCCUCACGGCCGCUCACUGCUUCGUCGGGCAAAACUUCACCACGGAUUGGUUUGUGAUGGUCGGAAUCACGGACCUGGCUCGGGCCAAUUCCGAGACCCAGAAGCGUUGGAUCCGGCAGGUCGUGGUCCAUGAAUAUUACACCGGCAUCUCCGGCGGCUUCGACAUCGCCUUGCUGGAGCUGGACCAGCCGGUGCAGUGCGGCUACCACGUGCAGCUCGCCUGCCUGCCCGAUGCGACGCUCAGGCUAUCCCAGCUCUCCGAGUGCUUCGUCAGCGGAUGGGGCGCGAGGGAGGCCAGAACGGGGGCAUCGUCCCCAUCAGCCCUGCAGGAGGCCAAGGUCCCCCUCAUCGAUGUCAAGCUCUGCAAUAGCAGCCAAUGGUACCGAGGGGCCAUCAAGAGACACAACCUCUGCGCUGGGUACCCGCAGGGUGGCAUCGACACCUGCCAGGGUGACAGCGGCGGUCCCCUCAUGUGCCGGGACAAGCGCGCCAACUUCUACUGGGUUGUGGGGCUGACGAGCUGGGGCCGCGGCUGCGCCAGGGCCAAGAAACCGGGGGUCUACACCUCGACGCAGCACUUCCACGACUGGAUCCUCUACCAGCUGAGGACGUUCCGCUCCGCGGCAGCCUCCGCGACGCCCCCGACAUGGAGCCACCAGCACGUCUCCCAUACCCCCGUCCAGGAGACGAUGCCGGCGCCCACGGCCUCCAGCACCAGUGGCUUCUGCUACUUCCCAGUCCGGGUGCUGUUGGAAUUCAUCACUCGGGUGCAGGAGUUGCUGCAGGCUCUAAGGGGGAGAAGUCUUGAGGAGCGGCAUCGCUUGCACGUGGCUCGAGCUUCAUUCAUCUGCUAG